AUGGCCCUCCCGAAACACCUGCAACAUGGGCUCACACCGGACGAGCUCACCUUUCUCGCAGAGGAAGAGGUCAUCUCGAUCGUUCCUUCGUUCUCCAUGACGAAGAUUCGAGUACUGAGUGGAGUAUACGGUCCCUUCGUCCCGCCCUCAUCUACCUCAGUUCCACUCUGGAUGGCCCUCUCGCUAAAGCGGAAACGAAAAUGCCGGAUCGUAGCUCCAGAAUGGCUACAAGUCGAACGACUGCAGGCGUUAUUGAAGGAGGAAAAGGAGAAUCAGGAUGGGUUCAAUAAGCUGCCGAGGCGGUUUAUCGAAACUGGCAAGGUGCUGCUUGACGUAGCCCCAGAUGACCUGCAUCUACCCGCCCAACUCCGCUCUCUUCUGAAAGACCUGCGCGAAGUCCGCCAAGCCAAGAUCAGGCUCGGUCUGCAAAGCGAGGGCGUCAUGCAGGGGAGCUAUCUCCAGAUGAAUGGCUUGACGCCGCUAGAGCUGAUGGAGCUGAAACCAUUCCUUGUCAAGGCGAUGGGGGUGCUGCAGACUCUGGAACCGAGGAAGGAGGAGCGAGAUGGGUAUGGGGCGUCCCAGACAUGA